AUGAAAUUCCUAGUUACCUCCGAGGCGCCUGGUAUUGAUUCAUUAGUGCGGGAUCUCGUGCAUGUCAACUUCUGCGCUCCUGCCUCCGAUCUUUCUGCUGCUUUGACGGGACCGGAGACAAUCAACGUGUGGAUUUGCCAUGGCGCAGAAGUUACCGAAGAACUCCUGGACCGGUGGGUCAAUCAGGCCCGUACCACUUCUAAAUCAAUCUUGGUCGAAGACUCGUCCGUAGUCUCUCGACUACAGACCUACUCGAAGGGUCGUCUGGCUGAGAUCGUGACGUUCCCUCCACAAUACCAGCCGCAUUCAGAAUGGGCAGAGUCCCUCCUUCGUGCUGGCGAGAUGAUAUACAUCAGAGCUCAUGUCAGUGCUCCUGGGCCGCAGAGAGCUCGAGAGACCGCUCGGAUGCAUGGAAGAAAGGUGUUACUUGUAGGCGCCGGCAUUUUAAACCUCAUCACGGCUGAGCUCUUGGCCAGUAAAGGCUUCCAUGUGCAAAUAGUCGACGCGGGUCCCGACCCUCGAAAGUGCGAAGAUUGGACUCGAUUAGGCGUUACAAAUGGUGGAGGCAACGCUCGAAUGUUCACUAGCACUGAAGCGGACAAUUACAAUGAGAAAGGCAGCGAGCUCUACCAAAACAUGCGGACCAUCUUUCGACAUACCGCCCGCAACGGUGGCUGGAGCGUCAAGCGGCCAGAGCUGUUCAAUGCUGCAGAGCAGGCAUGGGUACAGUCUUUCGAGCAAGUUCCGGACUGGUUGGCCCGUGCUUUCAAGGAGGACAUUCACGCAGUAAAUCGCACCUCUGGCCAGCUUUGGCGCGAGCUCAUGGACACAGCGCCAGAUCUGUUCGACGGUGUCCAGUUGCGUGAGGGCAUACUGCGCAUGUACGCGGAGCAGAAGCCAUUGGAAGCAGCCCUGGCGAUGAAUCGAUCGCUCAAUACCAUCGUCGAGGACACAUCCCCAGAGUCCUUCCUCGCUGCAUUUCCUGGUUUCGCUCCUGCGGUCGAGACUGAUGACCUCGCGGGCGGCUUCAUCAUUGACGGCUUCACUGUCAAUAUACAUCCGUUCAUGUCGAGACUGAUGGAUCGCAUCACGAAGCUUGGAGGGCAGUUCUCUUGGGAUUGUCGAGUGGAACGCAUCGUCCGCAACAGUAUUGGGAACGUUACCAUGCUGGAGACGCACAGUGAGCCACUGUUCGCGGACGAUUUCAUUAUCAGUCCUGGCGUGACCGGGAACACACUGUUGCGCGGAACAAAGUGCGAGGACUUGAUCCAAGGCGUGUUGGGAGUUUGGUUGCAGAUUCCGAACCUCCAUCCUCAACUGAAGCAUUCCCUCAAGAUUCAUCGUCGUGGACAUUUAGUGGAGGACAUCAACGUCACAGUAGCCAAGAACCUGACAACGGGCGAAGAUGAGCUCAUGCUUGGGGGUGGCUAUGGUUAUACUGGCCAGGAUCGUCCACCACCGGAUUGUCCAGAGUUAAUGGCUCUGUUCGAAGAAUUGAAGGAGGUAGCCCGCAUCUACUUUCCGCGCGGGCAUGCUAUGGCAGUGGAGCGGGGCACCAUGUGGCCCAAUGAGCAGCGAAAGUAUUGCAUUCGACCAUUCACCGCCACUGGCCUCGGUGUAUUCGAGAGGAUCCCAACGACUAGUGGAGGCAAUCUCAUCAUCACCGGCGGCAACAAUACCGGCGGCUUUGCCCAAGCUCCUGCUGUGGCGCGCGCGGUAUGGCGUGGACUCGUUGGUGAGCACGACCCAAUUCACGAACUGUUCCAUCCCGACCGUGGCAGGCUUCCUACCGUGACGGCGAAUAAGAGCCAGGUCGUGAGACCACUGGCACAGCGCAUCACACACGCCUCGUCACCCUUGAAAGUGCUCCUACUCUGCUCCGACGGUCCUCAACAUCACUAUCUACGUCGUCGCGUGGCAAAGUUAUGCCCUAACUUCCGAUGCAUCGUGGAGACGAGCGAGGGUCAGGUUCGCUAUCUGAAGAGGAAAGGUCGGAUGUUUGAUGCCGCUUUCAUGCAGUAUCAUACCUUGCGACGCCACAUGUUCGGACAGGACACGCAGCGUAUGGCCUACUUCGACGGUCUGAUGUCCGAAAAGCACGAGCUGCCUUCGCCCGAUCUUGUUGUUGACAACCUCAAUUGCCGCGAGGUAUGGGAUACGGUUGAGAGGUGGCAGCCCGAGUUGACCAUCGUCUCGGGCACGAAGUAUAUUGGACGCAAGCUCAACGAGCGCGCCGGUCUAAUGAUCAAUCUCCACAUUGGGCAUCUGCCCGAGUACAAGGGAAAUCACUGCAUCUUCUUUGCCCUGUACGACGGCGCCCCGCAGCAUGUCGCAGCUACUCUGCACCAACUCACCCCCGAUCUGGACGGAGGCAAUAUUCUCGACGUCGUCUCUCCCGAGAUCCUUCCCACCGACAACGAGAAUACGUUAUAUACGCGAUGCCUUCAUCUAGCGAUCGACCGAUGCAUGGAACAUGUCCAGAGAUUCUCACGAGGCCAGACUCUUGUUCUCUCUCCGCAGCCGACAUCUGGAAAGAUCUUCCGACACACGGAUCGCACGCCGAUGAAGGAACUUUGGCUCUGGUUGACUACCGCUUUCUUUGGGCUACCACAAGAAAAAUCGGUCGGAUGCGGGCAAACACAUUUCCCGUUUUGGUAG